CAUUCCACUAAUUUAGCAGAGAGAGCUGAAGAAGGGGGCGGACUGUCGAGGCUCUGCAGCAAAAACCCCAGAAAACCUACAGCACGCAAACGCACCGGCGGGCGGGUUCAUGUGCUCCAGGUGAGCGGGGAGGGAGAGAGGAAAUUACCCCGCAACGUCGAUCACUCCUCCGCCUUUUAUCCCGGAGAUAUCACGGAGAAAACGGCACCACACGCACACGGUGUACCGAAGAAACCCCUCCGGACAGCUGCAGAGGCUCACGACCGGGAAGGGGUUUAUAUUCCCGGAGUGUUUGUUUCUUUUCCUUCCGCCCACGGAACGGAGCUCAGUGUUUACGCGGCGGCCGCAGAGAGCGAGGAGCGCUGGGAGGAGGAGGUGCUGCAGCCGGGGAGGAGCGGCCGAGCUGCGGACACACGGAGCAGCUCUCUAGUUGAUUUAUUAUUAAUUUGUUUAGGUAAAGGGUUAAUAACACUGUUCGGUGAUAAUACCUGAAGAGGAGUCUACCGCCAGACUCCACCCCUAAUGGGGUAGAAAUCGGUCUGUUCUGCAGCCUCGGAGGGUCCGCUCGCACCUGCUCACUGCGGGGGCUGUAUGAUGUAGCCCCCGCUUCUGCUCCGGUUCUCUGCAUCACCAUCACCAUCCUCAAACGUCCACCAUCUCUCCCCCCCCCGCCCCCCACACUACACACGCAGACACACAGACCUACCAUGCCGGCAGGGAUGAAGCCGCUGGAGAAGUUCCUGAAGAAGCAGACCACGGCGCUGACCCGGGCCGGGGGUUUUGUCGGCGGGGUGGCGGAUAAAGCCAGCGGGGGAACAGGGGCGUCUCGCCGGCGGGCCAGCCUGUCCCGGGUCGUCCCUUUCUUCAGGGAGACUUCACCUGAAAGCGGCCAGGCUCGGGAGGUGUUCAGCCCCGACAGUGAGGACCCCCCCUCCUGGCCCUCUGCCACUGGGCCCAGUCUGGUGUCGGUACCCGGCUCCGGCUCUGGGGACGUCCGCAGCCCGUCUCUGUCCAGCGACGAGCAGAGCUCAGAGGCCAGCCUCAUCACAGAGUGUGUCGGGGGAGGAGGGGGGACACCUCUUCCUGCCGACACACCGGACAACCUUACCCUCGCUCUGCUGGACAGCGCGGCGGGAAGACGAUCCGGAGUCUGCACAGAAACCUUGCUGGAUGACUUCAUGUUGACACAUCCCAUCUUCAUGGCGGCCGACAGGUUCCAGCAAGUCCUGCUGCAGCAAUUCAACCUGGAGGGGAAGCAGGGCCAGAGGGGAGGGAGGGAGGGGGAGAGGAAAGAUGGAGAGGGUGAGGGGGGGAUGGACAGAGCGGAGAGGAAGCAGGCGGUGCUGAGCGUCACCUUCCGAUAUCUGGACACCUACAGAGAGCUGCUGCAGGAGGAGCGCAACAACAGCUUCCCAAAGGAGCUAUACAUGUGUGCGGUUCAGGAGCUGAGUCGGAAUCCUGAGCUGGUGGAUGACGUCCUCAAACUGCAGAGAUGGACCGAGAUAUUACACUGCCCGUCUGAUGAGGAGAAGGAGAUCAGGAAGAAGCAGGUCCGUCCUCUCUUCAGACACUUCAGACGCAUCGACGCCUGUCUGCAGCCCAGAGAGGCCUUCAGGGGCUCCGACGAGAUCUUCUGCAGGGUGUACACUCCAGAUCAUUCCUACGUCACCAUCAGGAGCCGCCUGUCCUGUCGGGUCGGAGAGAUUCUGGCUCUGGUCCGAGAGAAGCUCCAGUACAGCGAAGAUCAGCCGGUUCUGCCCGGAAACCUCAUCCUGGUGGCCGUGACGUCGGCUGGAGAGAAGGCAGUGUUUCGUCCCAGUGACGAGGCCGUGUUCACCACGCUGGGAGUCAACACUCACCUGUUCACCUGCGAACCCUCCGAGCUUGAGUCACUGCUCCCUCUCCCGGAGGAGAUCCACUGGACGCCUGGGGACAGCAAACUCCACGACAUGUCAGCCGAGGAGGUCUCCAACCAGCUGGUGGUGUUCGACUGGGAGCUCUUCAGCUGCGUGCACGAGGUGGAGUUUGUGUGUUAUGUGUUUCACGGGGAGCAGUCUCGCUGGCGCCCCCUGAACCUGGAGCUGGUUCUGCAGCGCUGCAGCGAGGUGCAGCACUGGGUGGCCACAGAGAUCCUGCAGUGCCAGUCGCUGCCCAAGAGGGUCCAGCUGCUCCGCAAGUUCAUCAAGAUCGCAGCGCUUUGUAAGCAGCAGCAGGACCUGCUGUCGUUCCUCGCUGUCGUUCUGGGCUUGGAUAAUCCAGCUGUCAGCCGACUGAGACUCACCUGGGAGGGUCUCCCAGGGAAGUUCAGGAAGCAGUUUCAGCAGUUUGAGAGCAUAGCGGAUCCCUCCAGGAACCACAAGUCCUACAGAGAUCUGAUCACCAGCCUCAGACCCCCUCUGAUCCCCUUCACUCCUCUGCUGCUCAAAGACUUGACGUUUCUUCAUGAGAGCUGUAAAUCCUUUCACGGAGAACUGGUCAACUUUGAGAAGAUGCAUAAAGUGGCGGAGAUGGUGAGGAUCAUCAGGCGGUACCGGAGCAGCCAGCUAGCCAUGGAUACAGAGACCUCCCCCUCCCACCUGCAGACAAAAGCGUACGUCCGGCAGCUGCAGGUGAUCGACAACCAGAACCUCCUGUUCGACAUGUCCUGCAAACUGGAGCCCAAAGACACAUAGAGGGGGAAAAAGACGGGGGAGAUAAGAGGAGGAGGAGAAAGCUGUUGUUCCAGCAAUUCCUGCCCGGAAACAAUAAAGCUAACGGAUGUAAACAGAGUCAGAAAUAAGGAAAAGACGGAAACUCAAACUGGAACCACACUACAUCCUUCUCUUCAUCUUCUUCGACCUGGAUCACAAAAAAUGUCAUACUUCGUUCUUGAUCAGCCACAUGAAGACAGUUUAUCAAACUGGACCAAAAACUGGAUACACAAAACAUUUUUUUCAUUUCAUGAUCCAGUCAGAGUUCGAAUUUGAAGAUGCUUGACCCAAAUAUAAGACAAUAAGACAAACUACGCGAGAUUUUUUAUCUUUACAAACGGAAAAGUCAACAGUCUUUUUCAGAACAAGUCUUGGAAAAGUCUCAAUGUGUUACGGCUGCAACUUAAGAGUCAUUUUAGCUGAGGAAGGUUUCUUUUUGUCCUCAGGAGGAACCACAUUUCACAGUGUCCCGCCUCCAGCGCUGUAUCCAGUUCUCUUUGUAGAUCUUUGGAAAUGACCCGCAAGUACCUUAAUGGAAGCCAUGAUAAGAUCUGGGGGAAUUGUGAGUGCUAUUGGAAGCUGCCUCAAUGCUCUCUUAUCUCUUUUAGCAUAGGACCAUAUUUUAGGAGAGGAAAUAAGAUAAUGCCGUUCCACAGUUCCUUGAAGCAGCAACACAUAACGCAAAGCUCAUCACUAACAUCCGCUGAGAUGUAAAUACUUAACCUAGUGUGGGUGCAGAGGGAUAUCUUCUUUUGCUAUGUCCGUUUCCAAUCAAGGUUAAGGAAGAGCAGAUAGGGUAGGGUUUUUGUACUACUUGUCCGCAGCCUUUGGCAGUUUUUAUCGUCUUUUAUUCAUGUCAAUAUGGUACUUUUGGAAGGAUGCAUCUCGGAUCUACACUAAGGCUGUAUUGGGUAGUUUUUGGCACCAUCCACCCAACAUCAACAAGACGCUGCACUUCAAACAGAUGACUUGUUGAUCCAACGUGUUGGGAAGCAUGUUGGAAUUUUUUUUUUACAACCAUAAUCCACACAGGAAAAGAAAAAAAACCUCCAUGUUGCAGAACAUCAUGCAGACGGAUCGAUUCUUUAUCCAACAGAUGGCGCAAUUGUGAAAGUUUGGUUCUUCAGGAUAUUUUAGGAUGCAGGACACCAAGAACCUGUUUACACCUGGAUUUAAUGUGUUUUGGGAGAUUGGAUCAAUAGAACCAUUGGGUCGUUUGACAUGUCUUACGUAGUGUAAAAGCGUUCUGAUGAGUCUUCAACAAGGACGAAUCAGGGAACAACUUCAUCAGAGCUGCCAGACGCUUUCUAAGGCCAGGUGUAAAUAGGGCCUUUAUCUCUUCAGUUACAAACAGAAACUAAAUCAUUCUAGUCCCUCUGAACCUUCGUAGAGACCAGUUUGAUCGCUGAUUGAAUCAGUCUACUUCAAACGUCGCAAGUUUACGCGCAAGACUUCUGCGCUCCGAAAAACUGGAUUUCAGGUCUGACUAUAUUUUUCCAUCAAAUUUACAAACUCUUUAAUGUUGAAUAAAGGGCACAACGGACCUUGUGCAUCUGGCACUGAACUCUCAGCUACGAUGGAUUGUAUCCAUGGUCUACAUCUGUGUUAUUGCUGACCUCUGAUCUGUGGUUCCUGUCAGCUGCCAUAUCCCACACAGAGCUGUCAGGAACUGGGUUUGUUUUAUUUGAUUCCUCCGUGAUUUCUCAGACUUACUUGGAUCCCUUGAUAGGAGACGUUUCUCAGAGGACGUUCAGGAUGUUUCCUCGCUGGAUGAGAGUGUGUAGAUGCUGGUUUUCUACCCAACGUGAUCUUAAGUGUUAUGCUGAAGACGUCAACUCUUUGCUCUUUUCUGCUUUUUGUUCCAGGUCUUUGAUGACACACAUGAAAUGUCACUUUACAGUGUUUGAUGAUACAACCAAUCAGUUGGAGCAUUCACGUCACACUCGCUUUAAAGGACCAUACCGCUGUUUGUUUUUUUCUACAUGUUUGAACCAUUUGACAAAAAAUCACGUACACACUGCCAAAGCAAUACUCAGUGAUUAUUUUUCCAAUAUGGUGUAAUUCCUUUGAGACGGCAGCAGCUAUUAUUUUAACAAAAUUGUCAUGCAGGGCUGGUUUAUCAGUUUAUAUCGCUAGCGUCAAACAUAUCAGUCGAUAAUUCAAAUUAAAAAGAUGUCAAAAUAUGAGUUUCUAGAGAAAGAUAUACAGACUUUGUCCAAUAGAGAGGUUACAUGACCAUCUGUUUUUUCAGAAUAAGACUACUACAAAUGUGUUCUUAAGCUAUUAAGAGGAUAAACAUUUAGCGUGCGUAUCUAGAAAACAUACACAUUCGCAGAACAACAAAGUAAAAAAAACGAAUUAGGUUUUGUCUUGGCAGACGCAGCGAAAUGAAGU